AAAAUGACAAAUACGUUGUCCGUGCUUGACGAUUUAAUUAACCUUCGACAAAGUGUGCCUCCUCCAGAGUUAAAUAUCAGCAACUCAUGUCCACCUAAUCUUCCUAAUGUUGAAAGAGAACUUGCAGACUCAAAAGCAAGAGCAUUAGAAAGACAAAAGAAAGACAAGCACAACUUUAAUGAACAAAGAAGAUUUACUAUUAAUAAUCAUUUAAAAGAACUGCGCGCUUUAAUACCCAAUGGCCCGAAUCUACGCGGGGAUAAAACAACAAUCUUAAAAGCCUCAGUGGAUUACAUCCGUAAACUACAAAGAGACCUGCAGUGCACAAAAGAGCUAGAACAUGCCAUCGACCACCUGCAGUUCAGAAUACAGAAACUUGAGAUGCAAGCUCAAGCAUAUGGACUGUUCCCUACUCCAUCCACAAACCUUUACUCCCCUGAUAUGAUCAACACAGUCAUCAAACAAGAGCCUGUGCUGGACAAUUACACCCAAAACAUGAUGCCGCAUCACGCAAACUUGUCCUGCACCAUCACCACCCUCGACCUCACUGACAGCACUGUCACCUUCAGUGACAACCUUGGGAAUGUAACUGAACCAACUGGCACUUACAGUGUUCCUGUACAAAUGAGAUCUAGACUAGAAGAUACCCUAAUGAAUGAUCAAUAUUAG